AUGUCAUCCUAUUUGGCUCAGGAGCUUCACCUUGCUAGGAGACAUAAAGAGAUACUGUCUCAGAGAUCAGAGCUGCUACAGCAGAUGGAGGCUUAUCUAGGAGACAAAAAGACUAAAAAGACAUGGCAAACUCAAGCAGCUGAUGCAGCUCAUAAAAGGAAUGCAGCACUUUUAAAUGAUAUAAAAGCAGCAGAAAAAAGGCUGCAAGAGAGAGUGUGUUUACUUCCACAUCCCGAUACUGUUAAGUUAGAAACUCUCUAUUGGGCAUCAAUAAAAGAAUCUCUUCCCAAGUGGGAACAGUUUCUUUUAGGAAGAGCAGAAGUUCCUAUUGGUUAUAAGAAAACGAAAACUACAAAGCAGAACAUAAGCUACCCAGAAGAAGAGUCACAAAAAUAA